UUAUAUCAUCAACAUUUUUGUUUAAAAAAUAUAAUAAUAGAUAUUAUCUAAAUUCAAAACCAUGCGGGGACUAAAACUUGUGUUCGUUCUAAUUUUUCUGAUCGAAAAUUCAUUGGAAAUUUCGUUAGUUGAGCAAAAAUUGAAGCAAACAACUAAAGUUUUACUGGGAAAUUGCCGUGCGAAAUCCGGCGCUACUAAAGAAGACUUCGAAAUGUUACGAUCAAGACAAAUUCCGUCAACCAAAUCUGGACUAUGCCUCAUGGAAUGUUUAUUCGAAGGUGCCAGAAUCAUAGACAAUGGAAAAUUCAACAAAGACGGUAUGAUAACCGCCUUAACACCAGCGAUGAAAGGAGACGCGUCCAAAUUACAAAAACUCAACGAAUUGGGAAAAACUUGCGAGAGUCAAAUAAACAAUAAAAAAUUGGAAAAUUGCCAAACUGGUGAAAAAAUCCUCGAGUGUCUCGCUAAGAAUGGAAAUAAAUAUGGUUUAGAGAUUCAGCAUAACAAAAAUUGAGUUUUAAAAUGUACUUACAAGGAUUUAGAAUUUAAUUAUUAAAUACAAUU